AUUUUUCCCCCAAAACUAGGUUGUUUCUUAUGGAAAUUCGUGGACCGAAACUGUUCAUCUGAAUAUCUGAUCUGGGAUUGGUGAUUCAGAAAAUUGUGAUGAUCUGAUAAAUACUAGAAUCAUAGAGCAAAGCACAAAUAUGGAAGGGACUGUCUUUGCACCUGCACUGGAACAACUUGAGCAUGUCAAAUCUGAGCAAGGAGAAAUUCUGACAAGGCCUUUCUUAGAUGCCUGCAAGCACAUAUUACCUGUUAUAGAUAAGUUUGGAACUGCUAUGGGCCUCGUUAAAUCGGACAUUGGUGGUAACAUAUCAAGAUUGGAGUCUCAAUAUUCUUCCAAUCCAUCCAGAUUCAAUUGUCUGUUUAGUUUGGUACAAGCAGAGGUUGAAACUAACACUACUAAGGCAUCAUCCAGUUGUACCAAUGGACUUCUUUGGUUGACAAGGGCCAUGGAUUUCUUGGUGGGUUUGUUCCAAAGUUUGAUAGAGCACGAAGAUUGGUCGUUGUCACAAGCCUGCACAGAAUCCUACAACAACACUCUCAAGAAGUGGCAUGGUUGGCUUGCUAGUUCAAGCUUUGGUGUUGUCAUGAAGCUUGUUCCUGAUAGGAAGAAGUUCAUGGAGGUUCUCGGAGGCGGUGGCAAUCUCAAUGCUGACAUGGAGAAAUUUUGUGCUACCCUUUCCCCACUCCUUGAAGAAAAUCACAAGUUUCUGGCGCGUCUCGGCUUGGACGAUAUGAAGGCAUCAUGAAUAACGAGUGGCUCUAUUCGUGUUGAGUCUUUAAACUGCAAUUUUCACAUUUGACUAGCCUGAGAAAAUAUUCAAUUUCUUUGCCACUAAUUAUUCUACAGAAUCUUAUGGAUUUUCUUUUUAUUGUCAAACUUAUUUAUUAGCAUAAUUCUGAGGUCAAGACUAAUUUAAGUUACGCAGCUUGGUUUUUUGCAAUUAGGAAUCUUGGGGAAUGGAUAUCACAGUUUGGCUCCAUUAGAGCUGAGCCAAACUAACUUAUUACUAUAAAAUGUCAUUCAAUUUAUAUUUACAGUCUUGUUGCCCAUCCAA